UGGGCCCUACAGAACAAUGGCAAAGUAUUAUUGCCGUACGGAUUGCCGUACGAGACAUUACGAAAUCCAGCCGAAGCCUGCUGGAGACUCAUGCGGGUUCGGAUGGGGCCGCAGAUGACUUAAAGGACUGUGCUGGUAAACCGACAAACAAGCCAUGGCGUUGAACCUGUUAGCAAACAUAGCCCGCACGGCGACUUCGCUGCUCGCGGCUCAGUUCGACACGCAGCUGCUGAGCGUGCGGCUCAAGUCGAUGCGGGCGUCGCGUCGGAUCCGUGGCUAUCCGCGACCGCUUAUGGAGACCGUGCAGAGGCCAGAGCCAAUGAAAUAUGGCUGGCUGCCGAUAUUGCCCGAAGACGGUGUCUACACGACGAAAAAGCUGCCGAUCCGGAAACUCGGAGGCAGAGAUCCAGUAACAGGUCGAGUGGUAGUGAGGACCAUCGGAGGAGGUAUGAAACGCUGGUAUCGUUGGAUUGAUCACAAGCGACAACCGAACGAAGAUGGGAGUAAGCUGGAGGAGCGAGUGUACCAAGUGCGCUACGACCCACUGCGCACGGCACGCCUUGCGCUGGUGGCCUCCGGUGACCACAAGCGAUGGCUGACGGCAACUGAGGGCAUCAAGCCUGGUGAUGUCAUCACCACUUCAGGCGAGAUCCCACGUAUACCAGUGCAACCGAAGGACGGCGACGCCCACCCAUUGGGUGCUCUUCCGGUCUCCACUCUGGUGCACCACAUAGAGAAAUACCCCGGUGAAGGAGGUGUGUUGUGCCGUGCUGCCGGCACAUCUGCUCAGAUCCUUCGUAGGCUGGAAGACCGGGUGAUCAUUCAACUGCCAUCCAAGUUGCAGGUGUCGCUCAGUGAACGAUGCAUGGCUGUGGUUGGCCAAGCGUCUAACGCUAGUCGGCGUGAGACCUUCUACCCCAUCGGCAGCCCCAACAGGUUACGCCGCUUGGGUCGUCGAUCUCGCUCUGGCUUCUGGCAUCGUAAAGACGGGUAUUGCGGCCGCAAGAUUCGUCCCGCACCACCUGUCAAAGUUUACCCACUAGCAGAGGUCCACAAUUCAAUAAAGUACUUACCAUUUAUGUACAACCAAAAGUUGCCUGCGUGGUUUGGUUUCUAAAAGUUUGCAGGUCUG